AUGGACCCUCUGCUUCAAGACCUGAACUUCAGCCACUUGAAUGGAGUGAUCCUAGCCAUCCUCAUCCUAUCAAUCCUUGCACUUUUCAAAUCGAGCUCAUCUCGCAAACUCAAAACACCACCAGAAGUUGCAGGUGCAUGGCCUGUCGUUGGGCAUUUGCCCAUACUAGCAAAAUCCCAUCUUCCUCACAAGACCUUCGCAUCCAUGGCAGAUGAGUAUGGACCGAUCUUCACCAUUAGGCUCGGGUUGUUCCCGACUGUAGUGGUUAGCAGUUCUGAGAUAGCCAAAGAAUGUUUCACCAAGCAUGACCUUGCCCUUGCGUCUCGUCCUCAGCUAUUAGCCACUGAAAUUAUGGGCUACAAUUAUGCCAUGGUGGCGUUGGCUCCUUAUGGUCCGUAUUGGCGCGAAGUGAGGAAAAUCGCCACCUUGGAACUGCUCUCUAACCGGAGGAUUGAGUCGUUGCUCAGCCCCAUAGUGGCCUCAGCGACAGAUAUCGCCAUUAAAGAGUUGCACAUGCUUUGGACUGAGAAGAAGAAUGAUUCAGGCCAUAUCUUAGUUGACUUGAAGCAGUGGUUUGCAAGGUUGUCUAUGAACAUUGUCCUUAAAGUUGUAGCCGGUAAGGGCUAUUACAGUGGCAUUGCCACUGUUGAUGAGGAAGAGAGGCGGCAGUGGCACCAUGCCUUGAGGGAAUUCUUUGUACUCGUAGCGGUUUUUCCGGUGGCGGAUGCUCUUCCUUUCUUGAGAUGGUUGGACUUCGGUGGCCAUGAGAAAUCCAUGAAGAGGACCGCCAAAGAAUUGGACAAAAUCCUAAGUGGUUGGUUAGAGGAGCACAAAAGGAAUAGCAAAAAUUUGAGUGAGGACAAGGGUGAUCGAGAUUUCAUGGACGUCAUGCUUUCGACCCUCAAUGGCAUGGAAAUCGGAGGUUUCGACGCUGAUACAAUCAUCAAAGCUACAUGCUUGGCGAUUAUAGCGGCUGCUACGGAUACUACCGCAACCACCCUAACAUGGGCAGUCUCUUUGUUGCUAAACAACCUUCAGGUUCUAAAGAAGACUCAAGGAGCACUAGACGCUCAAAUUGGUAAACAAAGACAUGUGAAAGAAUCAGACAUUUCCAACCUAACUUACCUACAUGCCGUAGUGAAGGAGACUCUCCGAUUACACCCGCCAGCCCCACUCGGGGCACCACAUGUAUCAACUGAAGAUUGCAUCAUCAACGGUUACUAUGUGCCCAAAGGCACAAGGUUGAUCAUCAACUUAUGGAAAAUUCAAACCGAUCCAAGAGCAUGGCCUGAACCAAUGAAGUUUAGGCCUGAGAGGUUCUUGAGUAGUCAUGAGGAUGCUGACAUGAAGGGCCCAAAAUUUGAGUACUUGCCAUUUGCAGGUGGUAGAAGAAUUUGCCCUGGAAUAUCCUUUGGCCUUCAAUCGAUGCUUUCUAUACUCGCUAGGUUUCUGCAUGCAUUCGAGGUAUCAACUCUUGAUGAUUCACAAGUGGAUAUGUCAGAGGGUUUCGGAAUAACGGUUGACAAGGCGACGCCGCUUGAAGUUAUGCUCGCCCCAAGAUUGCCUAAUGAGGUCUACGAAUUCACAUGAAGCAGUAGAAGAAUGAGAAACAUGUUGAUGGGCAAGUUACCACUAAAUAAAUAGGCUCUCCAUGUCUAGCUUUUAUCUAGUCAUUUUUA